AUGGAGGAUUUGGGACUGCCUGAGCCCUCUAACUACCCUCUCAGUCCUCGUAUAGUUGUGUUUGAUGCUCUCCUUGCUGAUUUGGAGAGCACCAGCUCUCCCCUCCCUCGGUGUCCCGUCCUGCUCACCUCUGACCCGCCGCAGAAUGCCGAUCCAGUCACCCAGGACCCAGCCCAGGGCCGGCCGCCACCUCCUGCCUACACACCACAACAGACUGUUUCCUCUGCGAUGAAGUCCUCACAGAACUCCAAUAACCCAGAUAAAUUAUACAGCACAGUGUGUAAACCACGCUCUCCCCGCACAGUAGAUCCUCCUCCCACCUUCUCCUCCUCCUCACUGUUAGGUGGAGGUCUGAGUGAACUGGACCACUUGUUACAGGAGCUCAAUGCCACUCAGUUUAACAUCACAGAUGAGAUCCUGGCCCAGUUUCCUGCUUCUAAGAAAGAUGACAGGGACAAGAUCAAGGAUAAGGCCACCACCCCAUCCUCCAGCUCAGCAAAGCCCUCGGCAACAUCAGCCACACUGGAGUUGGACAAACUGAUGGCCUCUUUGUCAGACUUCAGAGUCCAGAGCACACCGCCAGCAAAUGCCACUCCAGUUGUUACAGCCCCCCCGCAGCCCUCGGUGCCCCCGCAGCCCUCAUCCGAAGGCUCCCUGGACAGCAUGCUGGGGCUGCUCCAAUCGGACCUGAGCCGACAAGGAGUUCAGACGUCUUCCAAAGGCAGCUGUUCGGCGUGUCAAAAACCAGUUGUGGGGCAGGUGGUGACGGCUCUGGGGAGGGUGUGGCACCCGGAGCACUUUGUGUGCACUGAAUGUGAGACGGAGUUGGGCAGUCGCAACUUCUUUGAGAAGGAUGGACGGCCGUACUGCGAGUCAGAUUACUUCACCCUCUUCUCCCCACACUGUGCACACUGCAACAAACCCAUACUGAAUAAAAUGGUCACCGCUCUGGACAAAAACUGGCACCCAGAGUGUUUCUGCUGCGUCAAGUGCAGCCGCAGUUUUGGAGAGGAAGGUUUCCAUGACCGAGAGGGCCAGCAGUACUGCCAACAGUGCUUUUUGACUCUGUUUGCCUCCCGCUGUCAAGGCUGCAGCCAGCCUAUUCUGGAAAACUACAUCUCAGCUCUGAACUCUCUCUGGCACCCACAAUGCUUCGUAUGUCGGGAGUGCUACAGCCCCUUUGUAAAUGGCAGCUUCUUUGAACACGAGGGUAAGCCGCUGUGUGAGGCCCACUACCACCAGUGCCGUGGCAGCGUGUGUCAGGCGUGCCAGCAGCCCAUCCUGGGCCGCUGUGUCACAGCCAUGGGGGCCAAGUUCCAUCCCCACCAUCUCGUUUGCCACUUCUGCCAGAAGCCCCUGAGCAAAGGGUGCUUCAAGGAGCAGGAGAACAAGCCCUACUGCCAUCCCUGCUUCAUCAAGCUCUUUGGUUGA